AUGGUCCACGGGCACGGACAUCAUACCCACGAAACCCUGGAGGCUCUGGAGGCACGUUUGGAAGUGCGGGAUGGCGGGGGUGACGACAAUGGGGUGGUCAUUGUCUACAAAACCCUCCUACCGGAUUUCACAGGAGAAAUUGGAGGAUAUCUGACGGGUGGUAUCAACAACAAUAACAACAACGGCGGCAACGGUGAUGCCCAGCCAAAGACUGCCGCUGCUAACAAUGUAGGCGUUGGUCCUCCGGUCGGCGUCACCAAAACUGCCUCCGAGGAGAAACCCACAGAGGAGCCCAAGACAACUCAGGCGGAGAAAACAGAGCACCAGGAGCCUCAGACGACCGAAAAGGCACAGGCGGACACAGAGACCAAGGACGAGCAGCCUACCGAAACCAAGAAGGACGAGCAGCCUACCAAAACCAAGAUCGCAGCUACUGAGGCAAGGGCAACUCAGACCACUCAAACCGAGACCCAUGAAAGCAUCACCACCGAGCCUCAAGGGACUCAGAACGCGGCCACUCGAACUUCGUUUGUCACGUCAGCUACCCCAACAGCCGAUAGCUCCCGUGAUGCCAGUAACCUAGCUGUCACAGGCUCAACCUCCGCAGACUCAUCUGCCGCCUCAUCCACCACUAUCAGCUCUCAAUCGUCUGGACUCACCUCGGGAGCUAAGGCUGGGGUGGCGAUUGGUGUCAUCCUGGGUGUUGGUUUGAUUGCAGGUCUGAUUUUUUUCAUCUGGCGCAAGAAGAAGCGACCUCCCCCUCCGCCAAUUUCCAAGCAGGCCCCUUCGGUUGCCCCUCAGCUUGCCAAUGUACGCCCUGUUACCCAGUUGAUGAUUCCUGGCUUCGGCAACUCGGCUUUCGACGCUCCUGCUGCUGCCGCUACUGCCGGUACCGGUGCUGCUGUUGGAUCAACAGCGGUUGCCUCUCGAAAUCUCACUGGUGAUUCAUCGCCACCAAGUCCGCCAAAAUCUGCUGGUAGCGGCACAAACCCGUUCAAUGACCCUGAGAACCCAUUCCAUGGUGAUGUGAGCCCAUCAGAUGACGCGCCCAUCAUUGUUUCCGAUUUUGCACCUUCCGACAUCCCCACGGCAGCCACUGCCGCUGGAGCCGCCGGGGCUGUUGCAGCUGGUGCAGUGGGAGCUGCUGCCGUAACACGCAAGGAAUCCAACAAGAGCGAGAAGGGCGAGAGAGGCCGUCCUACGUCGGCUGAAUCUAUGACAGCUCCCCCAGGUCACCCUUCACCGAGCCCUGUCAGUGCUGCUGGCGAAUCUGUCGCUGUACCUGGAGUUGCUGGUAUGGGCGGCGGUGCUACCGGUGCUACCGGUGCUUCCGUUCCCGCUCCAAAUCCUCUGAACGUCCACCGUGUGCAAAUGGACUUCAAUCCAUCAAUGGAAGACGAACUGGAACUGCGUGCCGGUAGCUUAGUCCGCAUGCUUCACGAGUACGAUGAUGGAUGGGCUCUUUGCACACGCCUCGACCGUACGCAGCAAGGGGUGGCCCCUCGAUCCUGUCUUUCGGCACACCCUGUGAAGCCGCGCCAGCGACCUCCCCCUGGGCCCGGUGCUGGCCCUCGCGGACCCAUGCCCCCUCGAGGACGGAUUCCGUCCGGUCUACCUCCUGGCCGGUUCUAUCCUCAAGAUGCACGUCCUAGAUCCCCUGCCGGACCACCACGCUAUCCUCCCAGUGGUCGUUCUAUGUCCCCUGCUGGUGGUUUCCCUGUUCCCCGAUCUAUGUCCCCUGGCCCACGUGCAAUGUCCCCUGGCCCGCGCGCAAUGUCUCCAGGCCCGCGCGCAAUGUCUCCUGGUACUCGAUCUAUGUCCCCAGGCCCCGGGGUGCGUCCAGUGCCUCGAUCCAUGAGCCCUGGUCCAAUGAGCCAACCUAGUAUCCAACGGCCGGCGGUGCCAGCGGCACAACGCCAGCGUAGCAACAGCGGCGGAAACAUGUCACCACCAAACGUUGGUGCUGCCGCUCCCUCUGUCUCAAGUCCUCUGGCCUCAUCCCCCCCAGCCCCAGCCCCUACGACCCAGCUACCGGCUAUCCCCAGCGGCGAGCCUAGUUCUCCCGGCUCCCAGAUCCACAGGAAGCCCGUGUGUUCUUCGUCCCCAUAA